AUGGACUCGGGAACUGAAGACUCAGACUCGCGCCGCCCCUCCGUGCGACACCCCACUGACCAGCCGCCCUGCCAACAGAAUUCCUUUAAAGAAAGGGGCUCAGAUGUGGCAGAGAAACCACUCGAAGGAAAAGAGGAGACAUUCUCUUCCCCGUUAAGAGAGAGCUGCACCCAGAGGCAAGGGUCAGAGCCCAAGACCAAUGAGAAUUCCAAGGAAACUGAGCUCAAAAGAGACAGCGGCAUCUCUGGAUCAGAAUCGGAAGGCUGCUCCAGUUCGGAGGGCUCCAGGAAGAGGAAAAUCAGUUCCAGCGACAGCACCUGUGAUGGAGCAGGGGCCUGUCUAGCAGAUGAGCGCAGUGUGACUCCGGGGAAGAAGAAACGGAGGGCGCCGGACGAGGACCACGGCAGCGAGAGCGAGGAGACCGCGGAUGCCCGCCCCAGGAGACGGUGGGCGCAGCGCGGCGGGCGCAGCCGGCGGAGCAGGUACAGGUCCCCCGGACACCCGCCGCCGCCUCUUCGGAAGAGGCUGGUGACCACCCUGCGCUCCCUGUCCGAGGCCAUCUAUCAGGACGUCGCUCAGGCGUGCGAGCAGCAGGAGCACUCCCCGCUGACCUGGGAGCAGCGCUCGGGGCUCGGGGAGCUCUGGGGACCUCUGUACGCGGCCCUGCAGACCGUCUACGCCAUGGCCAACCAGGCGGCCUACGUCUUCCCGGCCGAGAGCUGGCUCGUCCCAGGCCCGCUGCCGGGCCCCGGGGCUCCCGCUGGGGGUGGAGAAGCCCGGGGCUCCCCGGGGGAGGGAUCCGGGCCCGCCCCUGCCCGGGGCCGAGCUAGGCUGCCGGAGCUGGGUUAG